AAUAUUUUUUUUUUUGAAUUCUUUUAAAAAAGAAGAAAACAUGGGUAUAGGAUCAUCUUCAACACCAACCCUUAUAACAGAAUUAGCACCACCUGAAGCUAAAGUUACAGGCAUUUUGACCUAUCCAAUUAAGUCAUGCCGUGGAAUUUCGCUUCCUCAUGCUCCUCUCACUCCUUUUGGAUUUCGAUGGGAUCGACAGUGGGUGGUUGUGAACUCAAAAGGGAGAGCACGCUCUCAAAGAGUUGAACCAAAGCUUGCUUUGGUUGAGGUUGAACUUCCACCUCAGGCUUUUCUUCAACACUGGAAACCUACCACUCAUUCCUUCAUGGUGGUGAAAGCACCUGGAAUGGAGCCUCUCAAAGUUUGUUUGAACAAACAGCAGUAUGAAGUAGUAGAUGAUAUUGGUUUGUGGGAAUGGACUGGCCCUGCCUGGGAUGAGGGAGCUGAAGCAUCACAGUGGUUCUCGGAUUACUUAGGAAGUCCUUGUAGACUGGUCCGCUUCAAUACCGGUUCAGAAGUUAGAAAUGUAGACCCUCGAUAUGUUGAGGGACAGCAACGGAUCUUCUUCAGUGAUGGUUAUCCAUUCUUACUCGCAUCUCAGGAAUCCUUGGAUGCACUUAACAAGCUUCUGGAGGAACCGAUACCUAUGAAUCGUUUCAGACCCAAGUAUCGAUUUGUUCAUGCCUCUCGUCACCUGUUUAUCCUUGUUGAAGGCUGUGAACCAUAUGCUGAAGACUUGUGGAGAGAUAUCAAGAUAAGCAGGUUUUCAUUUCAGUGUGUCAAGCUGUGUGCCCGUUGUAAGAUACCACAAGUCAAUCAAGAGACAGCAAUAUAUGGAACUGAACCAACGGAAACUCUCAUGAAAGUUAGGUCUGGCCAUGUCUUGCGACCAAAUCAAAAUAACAAAAACAAGAUCUACUUUGGCCAGAAAACAGUGUGGAACUGGAAGGAUUCUUCUGGUAAAGGGGACGGAAACAUGCUUAAAUUGGGAGAUCCUGUUUAUAUUAUAAAAAAGUAUCCUUCUCUAGCAGAAGCAGCAGCUUAAAAGGCUACAGUGACACGGACUUUAUCAGCAAUGAGUAUCAGUGGCUAUGAUGAAAUAAAGUGAUUACAUUUACAUGAUUGCUGAAAAUUGCUUUGAGCAGUUGUAAAAUCUAAUGCAUCUAUUGUGCCUUGUAUACAAUUAAUAACAUGACAAUAAGGAUCAUGCAAAUAAUAAGACUGUCUUAAUUAUUAA